UCGAAAAAGAGGUGGUUUGUUCACUAUUUAAAUACAAAUGGUUUAAUAUUUUGUAUAUUUAUUUCAUUUUGUUAUAUUUGUCAUAAUUUCUUUCAAAGCUAUCCAAAAAAGACUUCCAAGAAAAUAUCAUCCAGGGAUGUUACAUUUUCUUAUAAUGUGAUGGUAUGCAGAAUAGAAGUCUUGAUCUGCAAGGAAGCUUUCCUAAGAGUUCAUAGCUUACAGAUACAUACAUGAAGAGUGAGGAAUUUGCAACAUAUAAUGAAGCAGGGAUUUGCAGUGCCAAAAGAAGAUGGAAGAGGAAAACAUGGAAACUACCCACACAAAUUUCAAGAUGAAGCUGUACAAAGUGUGAGAGAAUUUCUCAACGCCAUACCGAAAUAUAACAGUCAUUACAGUAGGCAACAGAACGUCAAUCAAGUGUAUUUGGAUUGUGAUCUCACAAUUGCUUCCUUAUUUCGAGAUAAAUACUCAGAAUACUGCAAGGAAAAGCAAGUUCCUGCAGUAUCUGAAAGUAAAUUCAGAGAAAUUUUCGUAUCUGAAUUUGACAUAUGCUUCAAACUACAAAAAAGUGACACCUGUUCACAAUGUGAUGGAUUUCUAAUUGCAAUAAAUAACCCAGAAUUAUGUACAGAAGAUGUCACAGAAAAGAAACAACAAUGUGAACUGCAUCUCAAAAAGACUGACAGAGGACAAAAUAUGAUUGCGUCUUUAACUGCUCUGGCUAAAGAACAUUCGAAAGAGCAUCAUGUGAUAGCAAUGGACAUGCAGCAAACGUUCCCCACACCUAAACUAACAGUUGGUCCAGCAUUUUACAAGAGGAAAAUAUGGACAUACAACUAUGGUAUCCACGACUGUGGAUCAAAUAAGGGCUAUAUGUUUCUGUGUAGCGAGAAAGAUGGAGGACGGGGUUCAGAUGAGGUUGGGAGCUGCUUAUUGAAGUUCUUGGAGAUAACUAAUCCUCAGACAAAACGUCUCCACAUAAUCACAGACAACUGCAAGGGUCAAGCAAAGAAUUGGACUAUUAUUUCUUUGGAAAGGUCCCUUGUCGCUAUCAAAAGAUUUGAUUGUCCAGCAUUACUUCCCUGUGGUAGGUCACACCAUGCUACCUUGCGAUCGUGAUUUUGGCCGUGAUCGUGAUUUUGGUCGCAUUGACCGGUAUGCAAGAAACAGACGUCCAAUAGUG